UUUUGAACUAAAACAUGCGCGAGCUCGGCCGCGGGGGCUCACUCGUGGCUGCCACCAUCGCGGCAUUACACAAUCGUACCGUAGUCGAGGAAAAGCCUCGAUCGGUCAAAUCACGAUCGACCUCCGCGGAGAUAAGAAAUGUUGCGCGCUCCAUAAGAGAAGAAAAUUUUGGUGAAAUUGGAUCUCGAAGAAUAUCCGGCGGCAGUGAGCGUCCUCUGUCUACAGCGUCUGAAGCCUCAGAACGUGACUCCGCUUCUGUGCAGUCCAGUGAGGAACCGCCCCCACAGGAUACUUGUCGCGCAGUGUCGCAUUUGCGGAGCCUCAUGUCCGACUGCGAAUAUCUAACGGAGCCCUUCGAUGAGGAGCAGGAGCGCGCGGCGGCCGGCUACGUGCACCCCGCCGUGCGCUCCUACAUGUACUCCCCGAUGGGCGGCGACUCAGACAGUCCUGAUGAAGCAACAGUGAAAUGUACUACCUGGACAGAAGGCGCCGUAGCCGCGGCGCGAACUGGAUCAUCUGACAGCGAGUCCAGCUCCUCCAGCGCGGAUGACUCUGACGAACAAGAGUACGAAACUCGAGGCUGUGAUGCGGAGUACCGGACCCUGACGCCUAGUAGGCGAUUGGAUAAUUCUACUAGACGCGAUGAUGAUUUCACUUGGAUGCCAACUGGAAACAUGGUGGACGAAGGAGACGAACGUGUCUCUGAAUCUAGAGUUGACGAUUAUUCAGCAGCGAGUUUGGAAAGACGUCGUCGUACUCCGGGCGAUCGACAAGACCGUGACCGCAAGUCAAGGUCGUCAUUGACAUCGAAGCCACCUCAACACCCAACAAGUGUCCGCGCAUCUCCUCGACCGCGACGGUCUCGCAAUGAGGAGACGCCACCAGAACUGCAAAGGCGAUGGAAUUCCUACGAGCACUUUCGGUGGCCAGAAGGUGGAUGGUGGCCCCCGAUGUGUUGGUGCCACGGCCCUCCAGUGCCACCGCCGUGUUAUAUGCACGAGCAGAGAGCUUGGCCGUCCAAUCCUUCAUUACCGCCAAUGCCCACACGAAGUUAUAAGAACGAUGCGGAGGAUCGUGUUCGCCGGCUCGAGGCAGACAAAGAAAGUUUGCAUCUUCAGGUGCAAGUGUUGUCGGAACAAAUCGCUGCGCAGACUGAGAAGAUGACGGACCUCGAACGCGCCCUGCAGGAUGCGAGGCAGAGGCUGGACGACGCUGAACAAAGAUUGCAAAAGGAAAUGCUGCAGCGCUCGUCUCUCGAGACGCAGAAGUUGGAGUUGUUGUCGAAACUAAGUGAAGUGAGGCUGCGUGCGGCUGAGCGAGGCAUUCUAGAACGUUCGCCGCCACCGCCCGAGCCUGUGGCCGCGAUGCCCAUCGCUAGACCUGCGCCCCCUAGAACACCCCCUGCAAACUACGGUCGCACGAUCGAGCGCAACACGCAUAUGUACUCGUCGUUGCCGCGCUCGUCUGUGGUGACGUCAGAGGCGCGCGUGGCCUUCGGUAAACAGAACAACAUGGUGGUGGCGCGCGGCCGAGGACAUUCUGUGCCCAACCUAGCGGAAAAGGAAGAAUCGACUGGUCGUAGUGGCAGCCCUGGUGCGGCGGCAUUGCGAGCGCGCCUCGAAGGCGGGGACGCGCGUUCAUUGCGACCUGCGAGGCCUUCUACACCACGAAUGCGUACGCAUCCUAUGCCAUGGGAAACGAUAGAUGUUCGCGAGUGGGACUGUGAGACUACUUGUGGUUGGCUUGAAAGCCUUGGGUUGGAGGUAUAUGUACCAGCUGCACGAACUUGGCUCGGAGCUACGCCGGACGCGCGCGGACAGCUGGCGGCCGCCUCGCAUAACGCCAUUGAAAAGGAACUGGCCAUCAAACAUCCUUUACAUAAGAAGAAGAUACUGCUUGGUCUUACUGACUUGCUGGGAGGUCACGGCGACCCUCUCCUGACGCUAGCGGGUCGGCUGGACACGGCGUGGACGCUGCGGUGGCUGGAGGACGUCGGCGCGUGCGGCGCCAGGGCCGCCGCCGGCGACGCAGCGCUCGACGCGCGCCUACUGCACCGCCUCACGCACGCAGACCUACACGCACACCUCCGCGUCACGCACGCACUGCACGCGCUCUCCAUACGCAGGGGUAUCCAAGUCCUCCGCGACAACAAGUUCGAUCCGGACACGAUGAUCCGUCGCGCGGCGGAGGGUGAGACAGUGGGCGCAGAGGGCUCGCCCGAGGCGUGCGUACCUCCCGAGUUACUCGCGCGCUGGUCCUCGCACCGCGUCAUGCAGUGGCUCAAGGAGAUCGACCUCGCCGAGUAUGCACCCAAUUUACGUGGUGCAGGUGUUCACGGAGGCCUCAUGCUACUGGAGCCGCGGUUCACAGCCGAACUACUGGCUGCUUUACUUAACAUUCCAGCCAACAAGACGCUAUUGCGGCGGCAUCUCACGCAAAGAUUCAACGACCUGCUAGGCAGAGAUGUUAUCCAACAGAAGCGUAACGCGGAACAAACGCUUGGAUAUCAACCUCUAACCGCAACUACCAAAUACAAGGUACCAAAGAAAAGCCAGUUCUCGUUGAAACGCAAGAAGAGCAAGGACGAUUUGGACCUCGGCGACCUCGUGUGUCCUCUACACGAUGACUGCUCAGGUGACAUAACAAACUCGCCAACGAUGAAAGUAAGAUCAGCAACAGUGGACGUCGCGUCGGCUGUCUGUCCCCCGCGUGACGAGGCGAGGGCGCAAUAAAAUCUACCAUCCCUAUACUAACCUAUAUCACGCUAGGUAUGUUAUUCAAUCAUAAAAUAAAAGUGAUACAAAUGAAAAUA